UGCAACACCACCAUCGAGGACAGCUACAUCGACGAAGUACCAUUAUGGAAAGGCUUCACCUUCCACCAUUUUGGCCUCUUCCUGUGUGCCGUCUUUGGCCUGAUCGCGGUCGUCAUAGCGCUAUGGCUGGUAUUCAUGCAUGCAACCCACUACCUGCGACCCUAUGAGCAGCGGCAUAUCAUCCGCAUUCUACUUAUGAUACCCAUAUACGCCGUUGUCAGCGCUCUCAGCUACCUAUUCUAUCGAAAAGCAGUAUACUUUGAGGUCCUCCGAGAUUGCUACGAGGCUUUCGCAAUCGCAAGCUUCUUCACACUCUUGUGUCACUAUAUUGCCCCGGACUUACAUCAGCAGAAGGAGUACUUUCGGGACUUGAAGCCUACCAACUGGUUCUGGGGAGUUUUUGGGCUGCAGAAGUGCACGGGUGGAGAGAACAAGGGACCGUUCCGAAAGCCUCGAAGUGGGUUGACGUGGUUCAACAUAAUAUGGGUUGGCGUCUUCCAGUAUUGCUUCGUCCGGGUCUUCUUCACCAUCGUCUCGGUGAUCACGCAGGAGUUCGGCCUCUAUUGCGAAGCUUCACUAUCUCCGGCAUUCGCACAUGUCUGGACAGUGGCAUUCGAGGCCCUCUCGGUAACCAUUGCCAUGUUCUGCCUGAUCCAAUUUUACAUUCAGUUGCACCACGACUUGGCAGAGCACAAGCCUUUCCUGAAGAUUCUAUGUAUUAAGUUGGUCAUCUUCUUCUCUUUCUGGCAAUCGGCAAGUAUCGUAAUCAGCCUGCUUUCUUCUUCUGAUGGUCCGUUGAAGCCUACCGACAAAGUCAGCUACCAAGAUAUCAAAGUCGGUAUUCCCUCCGUGAUGCUCUGCAUCGAGAUGGCCGGCUUUGCCGUGCUGCAUCUCUUCGCUUUUCCGUGGAAGGAGUACAGCACCAAGCGCAAGGACCCACUAGAACUUACCGGUGCUGGCUUCAGCGGCGAGAUACCCAGGUACAAAGGCGGCCCGCUCGGUAUCAAAGCAAUGGGCGAUGCGUUCAAUCCUUGGGACAUUAUCAAAGCUUCGGGCAGAGGGUUCAGGUGGCUGUUCGUAGGUUAUAAGAAACGCACGCUGGACCGCUCAUAC